AUGUCUUUGCCGAAGCGUAUCGUCAAGGAGACCGAGCGCCUCAUGGCGGAGCCGGUUCCCGGCAUCAGCGCCGUCCCCCACGAGGACAACCUCCGCUACUUUGACGUCGAGAUCCACGGUCCCACGCAGUCUCCGUACGAAGGCGGCAUCUUCAAGCUCGAGCUCUUCCUUCCCGACGACUACCCGAUGACGCCCCCCAAGAUUCGCUUCCUCACCAAGAUCUUCCACCCCAACGUUGACAAGCUCGGCCGCAUCUGUCUCGACGUCCUCAAGAACAACUGGUCCCCCGCCGUGCAGAUACGCACCAUCCUCCUGUCCAUCCAGGCGCUCCUCGGCGCGCCCAACCCCGACGACCCCCUCGCCGCCGACGUGGCCAAGAGCUGGAAGGAGGACGAGCAGGCCGCGAUAGCCACGGCGAAGGAGUGGACGGCAAAGUAUGCCAAGGCUUAG